CAUCUUCUCUGGAAGAGCCACGCUUGGACACCACUCUGGAAACCACUCUUGAACUCAAACGAUAAAUAUCGAGGUGAAGAUGAGGAAGACCACGGCCUUCUUCGUGCUGGUGGCCUCCAUGUUGAUGCUGCUCCAGGGUACAAGGACUGAGCAUGUGGUGCCCCGAGACAACCAGUUCAUACCAGCUCCCGAAGAGAAGGGCUAUACCGAAGUACUAAAGACAAAGGCAGACAGCUUCGUUAAAAUCUUCUUACAGAACGUACCAAACGAAGAUGAACCAAAGCCAGUUACUUCAAGAGGGCCAGAAGACACGAAGAUCAACGAACCAAACUCUGUAAGUGAAAACAAUGCAAUGGAAGAAGCCAACACCAAGGAGAGCCUCAAUAAUUUUGUGGCCAUGCGAAUGUCACGACGAAAUCUGAGGAAAAACGGACUGCGUAGAAGUUCAAUGCAAAACAAUGUUGGAGAACGACGUGUGAUGUCAGCAAGGCGAUCCUUGUCAAGAGAAACCCGUGAUGCAGAAUGGCGCGUGAUGUCGGCCAGAAGCAGACGCGAAUCUCCAGAGACCAGGCGAUCCUUGUCAAGAGAAACCCGUGAUGCAGAACGGCGCGUGAUGUCGGCCAGAAGCAGACGCGAAUCUCCAGAGACCAGGCGAUCCUUGUCAAGAGAAACCCGUGAUGCAGAACGACGUGUGAUGUCGGCCAGAAGCAGACGCGAAUCUCCAGAGAGUAGACGAUCCUUGUCAAGAGAAACCCGUGAUGCAGAACGACGUGUGAUGUCGGCCAGAACCAGACGCGAAUCUCCAGAGACCAGGCGAUCCUUGUCAAGAGAAACCCGUGAUGCAGAACGGCGCGUGAUGUCGGCCAGAAGCAGACGCGAAUCUCCAGAGAGUAGACGAUCCUUGUCAAGAGAAACCCGUGAUGCAGAACGACGUGUGAUGUCGGCCAGAAGCAGACGCGAAUCUCCAGAGGCCAGGCGAUCCUUGUCAAGAGAAACCCGUGAUGCAGAACGACGUGUGAUGUCGGCCAGAAGCAGACGCGAAUCUCCAGAGACCAGGCGAUCCUUGUCAAGAGAAACCCGUGAUGCAGAACGGCGCGUGAUGUCGGCCAGAAGCAGACGCGAAUCUCCAGAGAGUAGACGAUCCUUGUCAAGAGAAACCCGUGAUGCAGAACGACGUGUGAUGUCGGCCAGAAGCAGACGCGAAUCUCCAGAGACCAGGCGAUCCUUGUCAAGAGAAACCCGUGAUGCAGAGCGACGUGUGAUGUCGGCCAGAAGCAGACGCGAAUCUCCAGAGACCAGACGAUCCUUGUCAAGAGAAACCCGUGAUGCAGAACGACGUGUGAUGUCGGCCAGAAGCAGACGCGAAUCUCCAGAGAGUAGACGAUCCUUGUCAAGAGAAACCCGUGAUGCAGAACGACGUGUGAUGUCGACCAGAAGCAGAAGCGAAUCUCCAGAAACCAGGCGAUCCUUGUCAAGAGAAACCCGCGAUGCAGAACGACGUGUGAUGUCGGCCAGAAGGAGACGCGAAUCUCCAGAGACCAGGCGAUCCUUGUCAAGAGAAACCCAGGCCAGGCGAUCCUUGUCAAGAGAAACCCGUGAUGCAGAACGACGUGUGAUGUCAGCCAGAAGCAGACGCGAAUCUCCAGAGACCAGGCGAUCCUUGUCAAGAGAAACCCCGACCAGGCGAUCCUUGUCAAGAGAAACCCGUGAUGCAGAACGACGUGUGAUGUCGGCCAGAAGCAGACGCGAAUCUCCAGAGAGUAGGCGAUCCUUGUCAAGAGAAACCCGUGAUGCAGAACGACGUGUGAUGUCGGCCAGAAGCAGACGCGAAUCUCCAGCGACCAGGCGAUCCUUGUCAAGAGAAACCCGUGAUGCAGAACGACGUGUGAUGUCGGCCAGAAGCAGACGCGAAUCUCCAGAGACCAGGCGAUCCUUGUCAAGAGAAACCCGUGAUGCAGAACGGCGCGUGAUGUCGGCCAGAAGCAGACGCGAAUCUCCAGAGAGUAGGCGAUCCUUGUCAAGAGAAACCCGUGAUGCAGAACGACGUGUGAUGUCGGCCAGAAGCAGACGCGAAUCUCCAGAGGCCAGGCGAUCCUUGUCAAGAGAAACCCGUGAUGCAGAACGACGUGUGAUGUCGGCCAGAAGCAGACGCGAAUCUCCAGAGACCAGGCGAUCCUUGUCAAGAGAAACCCGUGAUGCAGAACGGCGCGUGAUGUCGACCAGAAGCAGAAGCGAAUCUCCAGAGACCAGACGAUCCUUGUCAAGAGAAACCCGUGAUGCAGAACGACGUGUGAUGUCAGCCAGAAGCAGACGCGAAUCUCCAGAGGCCAGGCGAUCCUUGUCAAGAGAAACCCGUGAUGCAGAACGACGUGUGAUGUCAGUCAGAAGCAGGCGCGAAUCUCCAGAGAGUAGACGAUCCUUGUCAAGAGAAACCCGUGAUGCAGAACGACGUGUGAUGUCGGCCAGAAGCAGACGCGAAUCUCCAGAGAGUAGACGAUCCUUGUCAAGAGAAACCCGUGAUGCAGAACGACGUGUGAUGUCAGCCAGAAGCAGACGCGAAUCUCCAGAGACCAGGCGAUCCUUGUCAAGAGAAACCCGUGAUGCAGAACGACGUGUGAUGUCAGUCAGAAGCAGACGCGAAUCUCCAGAGAGUAGACGAUCCUUGUCAAGAGAAACCCGUGAUGCAGAACGACGUGUGAUGUCGGCCAGAAGCAGACGCGAGUCUCCAGAGGCCAGGCGAUCCUUGUCAAGAGAAACCCGUGAUGCAGAACGACGUGUGAUGUCGGCCAGAAGCAGACGCGAAUCUCCAGAGACCAGGCGAUCCUUGUCAAGAGAAACCCGUGAUGCAGAACGACGUGUGAUGUCGACCAGAAGCAGACGCGAAUCUCCAGAGACCAGGCGAUCCUUGUCAAGAGAAACCCGUGAUGCAGAACGACGUGUGAUGUCGACCAGAAGCAGACGCGAAUCUCCAGAGACCAGGCGAUCCUUGUCAAGAGAAACCCGUGAUGCAGAGCGACGUGUGAUGUCAGCAAGGCGAUCCUUGUCAAGAGAAACCCGUGAUGCAGAACGUCGUGUGAUAUCGGUCAGAAGAACUGCUAUAAAGCGAUUCGGCAUGAAAGUAGAAGGACAGAGAGUUUCUGUGGAUACCAGCCUGAUUAAGCUGAAGCGGAAAAUGGACAUACAAUUCAUUGGUGCUAAAACUACUAUUCCUACGAAGACCGUAUCUUACGGCAACAACAGGAGGUUUGAAGGACUUUGGAACAUUCCAGCUGUCUGGACGAAAACCGCAAAUCGAGAAACAGUCUUUGACGGAUGGAUGGAGCUGAGCAGAAGCCUCGUUAUCGGUGUCAUUGGCCUGCUGGGGGUCCGGUCCCGUAGCGGUCCGAAAUCUGUGAUAUUUUAACGCCGAGUUACCAAAGUGCGACCCCAGAACCGGAAGUCAUGAGAACAAAAUAUCCACGAGCCGUUAGCUUAAUCAUGCAAACUAGAGUCUAACUUUACAUGUUAUUGAUAACUUGAAAUCUUUGAAAAUAAUUCAUUAAUCGAUUGAUGCGGAACAGGCCAUUAACGACCAUCAGCCUUUUUAGCUGGUGGUUUUGCAAAAAAAAAAAUAAAUAAAUAAACUUGUUGAAUGAUUUGACCAGUUGCCUGCAAACCACGAAAUCACGUUUCAGUAAAACCAAUACCAUUAAGACGGAUCGACACCAAGUGAUUCUCCAGUAUUCAGAAAUACGAAUAAAAAGUGAAUAUCCUGCUAUAUGUGAUAUGUGGCAUAAAAUACGUUGUGAAGUUGUGAACAUCUUAAUCGUCAGUAUCGAAUUCAACGGUUCAGAUAAAUUUCUCCAGUUAUAUAUCAAGGAACUGACAAGAUCGAAUUUAUGCUUAUUGGCCUAUCGGUAAAUCUGUUGUAAGAAUUAGUGUACAGGUUAAUAUCUUGCAUUUAUCCACCGAUUCAAUGCAAAAGAAGCAGAGCUCCUGAGAAUUAGUUCUCAUAUGGAUAAGCUAUUAUGUAUCCCUGAAUUUCAACACAAAACCUCGACCUAUUUCCGUAAAUAUACAUGUUAUAUACAUAUACAAGUUAUGUCUAUAGAUUUUAUCCAGUUUCAAUAAAGCCAAAUUUUUAU